UUCUCCAGCCCAGCGAGGUGAUACCAGGGUACUGGACUAAUCCUCUUAAGUUCUUAAGUUCCGGUCGGGUCCGUAUCUCGCGCCACCCUGGGUGUUCCACGAGGAUAGACUUGCCACACUGCAGUAGCCCUUAGGCGUGCGCGAUAAGGCAUUCGGAUCAGCUAAGAACAGAAACUUGAAGCCCUAAGAUUUCUCACCAGUUUGCGCUCUUUACACGGCUCCGGCUGCUGGCUGACCGGCCUCCUUAAUUCCGCUUCUCCCCACUCCGAAAACUAAGCUUACUGUUGGCAGGUCCCUGGGCAAACAGUGUGUGAGAUGGGACGGACGUCGAAGGACAAGCGGGAUGUCUACUACCGCCUGGCCAAGGAGAAUGGCUGGCGUGCCCGUAGUGCCUUCAAGCUGCUACAGCUCAAUGAGGAAUUCCAGCUCUUCCAAGGCGUGACACGGGCAGUUGACCUGUGUGCAGCCCCAGGCAGUUGGAGCCAAGUGCUGAGCCAGAAGAUUGGGAGCCAGGGGUCCGGCCAUGUGGUGGCUGUGGACCUUCAGGCUAUGGCUCCACUACCAGGUGUAUUACAGAUCCAGGGCGACAUCACCCAGCUGUCCACUGCCAAGGAGAUCAUCCAGCACUUUGAGGGCUGCCCUGCGGACCUAGUGGUGUGCGACGGGGCUCCUGAUGUAACUGGCCUCCAUGAUGUUGAUGAGUAUAUGCAGGCCCAGCUCCUCCUAGCCGUGAGUAACCGUGGUUGCCCCUACCUCAAUUUAUCACCCUUCAGCUACCUCCGCCUCAGCCUUAGCUAUCUGUCCUGCCCGCAGGCUUUGAACAUUGCUACACAUGUUUUGAAGCCUGGGGGCUGCUUUGUAGCCAAGAUCUUCCGAGGCCGGGACGUGACGCUGAUCUACAGCCAGCUGCGUGUGUUCUUCUCCAGUGUGCUCUGUGCCAAGCCUAGGAGCAGCCGCAACUCCAGUAUUGAGGCCUUUGCUGUCUGUCAGGGUUAUGACCCUCCUGAGGGCUUUCUGCCGGACCUGACCAAACCCCUACUGGACCACUCAUACGAUCCAGAUUUCAACCAAUUAGAUGGUCCCUCCCGCAUCAUUGUGCCAUUCGUGACCUGUGGGGACCUGAGCUCCUAUGAUUCAGACCGCAGUUACCCACUGGACCUGGAGGAUGGCUCAGAGUACAAAUACACUCCACCCACACAGCCCCCCAUCUCGCCACCAUACCAGGAGGCAUGCUCAUUGAAGAAGAAGGGGCGGCUGGCCAAGGAGAUCCGCCCCCAGGACUGCCCCAUCGACACAAUGGACACAUUGCCCAAGCCCCUGGCUGCCCCGCAGUGCCACACCCUGCUGGCCUCUGAGGUGGAAGACAGCGAAAUGAAUUGUCCACCUUAACACAUUAAGCUGGUAAUGUGAGACAACUCAGAAGCUGUUUGCUGUCAGGAGAGCCAGAACUUGUGCUGAUGAACUUGUUUUUCAAAUGUGAGCUCACUGAUGGGUCCAGCACACAAGCUCCAAGUGGGAACCUGCAACGACCACCAUGGACACAGCCAGGAAGGAAACGUCAAGGAAUGUUUGUUUCCACUGGAGAAGGGGUUUUUGCGUGAAAUCUUGCCUCUUCUCUAAUUCUUUCAAGGGCUGUCCCAUGUCUGGAAUUUGCCCCAUAGUCUGGGGUUCUUAACCUGAACAGAAAUCAGGGGUAUCCAUGAACUUGAUGGAAGAAAAGAUUACAUCUUUAUUUUCACUAGUAUCACUGAAAUUUAGCUUUAUUCCCAAAUACAAAUUCCAGCAGUAAAUCAUGAUUGUAAAACCAGUGCCUGUGACUUUUCCACCAAUACAGAUCAGUUCAUUUUUAUGGUAGGGUUAUUGCAGGCAUCUGGAAAUAUUGUUCACAUUUGUCACUACUUGAAGUCAUGGAAGAUCUUACAAUUUGAUCUAGUAAUAAAAAAUUUAUAUAUUACUGCA